AUGUAUUUGGACAUUGAUUCCGGGACAAUCCAGGCCAUUUCUGGACAUCUGAAUUCAAGUCGUGAUAGAAAUCAAAACUCAGAAGAAGACGAAGACUCGGAAGAAACGCCUUUUAUAUCACUUAUUAAAAGUAUAACUGAAGACGAUUUCAAUCGCAAAUCAUUACUCAAAUUCUGUGAACAAAACUCAAUUCAAUCCUUCGAAGAAGUCUUUAAUCAGAGUUUAUAUCGAGAUAUCUAUCGUUUUGAUUACGGAACUUAUGCCGAGCUCUUCACCGCCAUUGACAACAAUAUCAAUGAAAAGGUUGUCUUAAAAGUGAUUCGUGUCGUUAGUUCUGAUCUCAAGAGUCGCAUAAAUGGCGUAAAGUUUCAUUCAAUCGCUUUGUUUAAAGAGGUUCACAGCGAGUGUCAAAUCAGCGCUGCCCUUUCAAACCUGAGAACUGGUCCUAAAUUUAGGACCAAUUGUUAUCCACGGGUUUACUCUAAAUAUCUUCUCGACGGAGAUAUUCCUCACUAUUUCUUAAAAGAGAAAGCUUUCGAUGGAUUCAAACCCAUUAGAAAUGAUGUCUUUGAAGAUUACGCCUCUAUUCCCCGAGAGUAUGCGAAUAAGACAAUCACUGCCUCACAAGUGUUGAGUGUUAUAAAGCAAGUAAUAAUAGGGUUAGCAGUGGCUGAGGGGGCGGUUGAGUUGGAGCACCGGGAUCUUCACGAGUCCAAUAUUCUAAUACAAGAGACUUCAGAAAUGGAUAUUCAAUUCAUUCAUAAUUCAAAGUGUUAUUCAAUUGAAAGCCAUGGACUCGAGGCCACCAUAAUUGACACCACUUUUUCCAGAAUUAAACUCAACGAUUCUGUUUUUUACAAAGAUUUGUCGUCAAUUAUGACUUUUGAUGAGAAGCUAACACUUCAAGACAAGGCCUAUAAGUCAAUGAAACCAAUGGAAGAGAUUUACUCCAAAGACAAAUAUGAAUUGGAUUAA